CAUGGCAUGGCAUUAGGAGAAUGAACUCCAAUCACGUGAGGCAUGUGUCCUCGCAUCUUUGACUCUAGAACAAAGACUACCUUUUAAUAGGAGACUUUGCGCGUAUAUAAUUCGAACGUUUAUACUUAUCUGACUUGUUUAAGAGUGUGAGUUUUUGGGUUCAAAAUGGCUCACUUACUUCCUCAAAACCUAUUCGAUGUUUCCGCCAAAGUCGUCUUAAUCACUGGUGCAGGCUCUGGGAUUGGUCGAAUGCUAGCUAAGGGAUAUGCUGUCAAUGGAGCGCAAACGAUCCUUGUUGACAUCAAUCUUGAGGCCGUCUUGGAGACCAAAGAAAGUUCAAGAGAAGCUGCCAAGAGCGUCGAAGUAGACGCAGAGAUACAUACGAUACAAGGAGACUUAUCAAGAAAAGAAGGCGUCGACGCAGUUGUACAGGAAGUUCUCAAGAACUUCACUUCUCUAGAUGUCAUCAUUCAUUGUGCAGCAUACCGGCACAUGAACCCUAUCACAUUCCAACAUGGCGAAAGUCUUGAGCAAUUAGAGACAGCCACGAACUCAGCAUCUUGGGAGAGUUGGGAUCACGCUUUCCAGCUGAACGUCCUGGCGCCAUAUUUCUUGACAGCAGGCCUGAUCAAACUUCUUGGUGAAUCAGCAAAGAAAGGAGAUGGAAGCGGAUCAGUGAUAUUGUUUAGCAGUCCUGCUAGUGUGCACAAUCAUCAAUUCGUGCCUGCAUAUCAGACUUCGAAAGCUGCUGUUGAUCAUCUUGUUCGAAUUUUGGCUGCCGAAUUUGCAGACUUUUAUAUCCGAGUCAAUGCGAUCUCACCAGGUCUCGUUCCUUCUGGAAUGAGUGAUGUUAAUGAUGCAACUUCAAACAUUCAUCUAGCAAAGGACUCUCCUGCACGAAGGUCGGGAAGUGAAGAGGACAUGGUGGGUGUCGCUGUGUGGUUGUCGAGUAGAGCAGGAGCGUUUAUGGAUGGGAAGGUGGUGAGGAUUGAUGGUGGAAGAUUGCUCGUGCUAAAAGGGGUGAUCUCGAAUCAUGACUAGCAGACAAUUUGGGCCUAAUAGAAAUUGGCCAAAAUUCUGUAAGGUAAAGAGCUGCUGCGAAUAGUCUUCCUUGAAGUCUUGAGACGAAGUUGACCCGAGUCAAGAAACUAGCCUUCACUCUUCAAAUUGUCAACCGUGUACAAAUUUCGCAGCAACAG